AUGUCACUCUACUUGGCGACCACGGCCGCCGCGGUGUCCGCUGCCGCCGCCAUCACCACCCUCCCAAAAAGGCAGCUAGUAGCGCCGCCGCCGCCGCCGUCCAUCGACCUAAGGCAGCUGGAACGAGGCAUGGCACUCCCCCUGCCACCGGCGCCACCGCCACCACCGCUAGUCAGUGCCAGCAAUAGGCACGUCGUCGGAGCAAAGCACAAGGCCGUGGUGGUGAUGGGCGCCACGGGGACCGGCAAGUCGCGCCUCGCGGUGGACCUCGCGCUCCAGUUCGGCGGCGAGGUCAUCAACUCCGACAAGAUCCAGCUGCACGCCGGCCUGGAGGUGACGACGAACAAGGUGACCGAGUCGGAGCGCGCCGGCGUGCCGCACCACCUGCUCGGGGUGGCGCGCCCCGACGAGGAGUUCACGGCCGCGGACUUCCGCCGCGAGGCAUCCCGCGCCGCGUGCGCGAUCACCGCGCGGGGCCGCGUCCCCAUCAUCGCGGGCGGGUCCAACUCGUACGUGGAGGAGCUCGUAGACGGCGACCGCCGCGCGUUCCGGGACCGCUACGACUGCUGCUUCCUGUGGGUGGACGUGCAGCGCGCCGUGGUGCACGGCUACGUGGCCCGGCGCGUCGACGAGAUGUGCGCCCGCGGCCUCGUGGACGAGGUCGCGGCCGCCUUCGACCCGCGCCGCACCGACUACUCCAGCGGCAUCUGGCGCGCCAUUGGCGCGCCGGAGCUCGACGCGUACCUGCGGUGGUCGGGAGACGACGAGGACGAGCGUGCCAGGCUGCUGGCCGCCGCCAUCGAGGACAUCAAGGCCAACACCCGCCGGCUCUCGUGCCGGCAGCGCGCCAAGAUCCAGCGGCUGGCCAAGCUGUGGGGCGGCGUUGUCCGGCGCGUGGACGCCACCGAGGUGUUCCGGAGGCGCGGCGACGCGGCCGACGAGGCGUGGCAGCGGCUAGUCGCCGCGCCGUGCAUCGACGCGGUGGGCUCCUUCCUACGCAACGACGACGCCACCGCCGCCAAUGAUCUACCGGCGGCCGAAGCAGUGCCCGUGUUCGCUCCUGCGCCGGCAGCGGCUGUCGCAGGAUAA